UCCACCAUGAAAUAUAGUCGACAGACAAUAAGCAGUGAGUGGCUUGACUUUGACAUCAAGGGAGUUUUAUUAUUUUUAUUUGACGGCGCAAAGUGAAACCCAAUUACCCUAUUAAUCAAUUCCAUUCCAGUCGCCGCAUAAUUCUGCUUCAGGUUUUGGCACUAACGGGCAUUUGGAGUCUCUUGUGGAUGACAGCAGGGAGCAGCGCUGGAGAUGCUGUAGCUCACACAACCGCUAGAAGACAGACGCCGUGGUCCUCCCACCUUCCCAACGCUCCUGAGUUUGCAGCCCGAGGAACAGGAACUGUUUGAAUAAACCGAUGAAUGGGACUUUGCCCCGCGAUGGAUCCCGAGCCUGGCUCUGUGUGCAAGUGGGGAGCGUAAGCGGACAGAGGGACAGUAUUUCCUUUCAGUGAGACCCGAGGUGGAAAAGACGCAGCAAUGACAGAGCAGCGGUGGUGCGCAGCGGCGAGAUAGACCAACUAUUGUGGGGACGGUAAGAUUGAUAAAAACAACUGGGCGAGCAACGAGAGCGGCAGAUGUAGCUACAUUUCCAGACGUUGCAGCUGGUUUGGUGCCAGUGGUGUGCUGGAUGGGUUAUUAUUGCGUUCUCCGUUUCAUCAUCCACUGCUCCCAGCGUUUCCAGAUUACUUGGGGGGAUCUCGGACGGCUGUCUGUGAGGGAGUAUUGCUGCAGAGACUAACGGGGGAAUGCCAUGUGUCGUUGCGCGACAUAGAAGCUCUUUGUGGGCUGUUUUGCACCGGGGACAGGUGGUGCCGUGUGUGCGUGUAUGUGUGUGUGUUGAAACAAGCAGGGAGGGGUGGGGGGGAGACACGGUCACACAACCCCUGAAACAGUUGUCUUAGGGAUGUCAGGCCGGCGUACGGGAUCAGUUUUUGCCAGAGACAGGUGCGACAGGGAGGAGUAGUUUACAAAAGCCCGACACAGGAUCUGGUAACGCACUAACGAGCCUCCUCUCUCUUCUGAUCACUCUCGGAUUUUUUUUUUUGGUAUCCAGCGGGACUCACAAUCGACUCAUACUGCCGUUGCUCGGCGGCACCUUCCCCCCCGAAAACCAGAGACUCCACCCGUGUUUUGCUAUGGCAACCGUGGCCCCUCCCUUCUUCCUGCUGUGUUGCCUGCUCCAAGCGGCCAGCUCGGCGUUCCCCGAGGAACCGGGGCCCCUAAACUUCAUCCCCACUGAAGUGGUGAGAAGACACCCAGUGUUUCUGGGCCGACCCCACCGAACAUGGCUGAGACAAGAGCCGCUGCACAUCCAGAGGAUUCUCCAAGUCAAUCGGACACUCUACAUUGGAGCCAGGGAUGACCUUUUCCGUGUGGAGUUGGACAUUGUUGCAGGAGACGAGAUGUUCUACAGCAAGAAAAGGACGUGGGAGUCGAACAAGAAUGACAUCAGGAUCUGCAGGAUGAAGGGCAAGCAUGAGGAUGAAUGCCGUAAUUUCAUGAAGGUGCUGCUCAGCAGAGAAGGAGGCCUGUUUGUGUGUGGGACCAACGCCUUCAACCCACUGUGUGCCAACUACACUGGAGACACUCUCGAGAUGGUAGGAGACACGGUCAGCGGUAUGGCGAGAUGCCCCUACGACCCCAAACACGCCAAUGUCGCUCUGUUUGCAGAGGGGAAUCUGUUUACAGCCACAGUGACAGACUUCCUGGCCAUUGAUGCGGUGAUCUAUCGUAGCCUUGGGGACAGCCUCGCUCUGCGCACUGUCAAGCACGACUCCAAGUGGUUCAGAGAGCCCUAUUUUGUCAGCGCUGUGGAGUGGGGACCUCACAUCUACUUCUUCUUCAGAGAGAUAGCCAUGGAGUUCAAUUACCUGGAGAAGGUGGUGGUGUCACGUGUGGCGCGGGUGUGCAAACGCGACCUGGGUGGGUCUCAGCGCGUCCUGGAGAAGCAGUGGACAUCGUUCCUGAAGGCCCGUCUGAACUGCUCCGUCCCCGGUGAUUCCCACUUCUACUUUAACCUGCUCCACUCCACCAGCCCCAUCAUCAGGAUGCAUGGCAGGGACAUAAUCCUGGGGGUGUUUUCCACACCAGCAAACAGUAUUCCAGGUUCGGCAGUGUGUGCCUUCGACAUGGAGCAGCUGGCUGGGGUGUUUGAAGGGAGGUUCAAGGAGCAGAAAUCACCCGAGUCUAUUUGGACGCCUGUUCCAGAUGAAGUCAUCCCGAAGCCAAGACCCGGUGGCUGUGCCGUUCAAGGUUCCAGGUUUAAUUCCUCAAACGCGUUCCCUGAUGAGAUGCUCAACUUCGUCAAGACCCACCCUCUGAUGGAUGAAGCCGUCCCAUCACUCGGACAAAGACCCUGGAUUGUCAGAACCAUGGUCAGGUACCAGCUGAAUAAGAUGGUGGUGGAUACAGAAGCUGGGCCUUAUAGAAACCAAACCGUCCUGUUUCUCGGGUCAAGCAGAGGGACCAUCCUCAAGUUCCUCAUCAUGCCCAACCAGGACAACACCGUCACCAACAGCAACAUCUUCCUGGAGGAACUGGAGGGAUUCAACCCCGAUAAGUGUGCGGAAGACUCUCUGCAGGCCAGGCAGCUGUUGUCUCUGACUCUGGACCGGGCCAGCCACACUCUGCUCCUUGCCUUCCCCUCCUGUGUAGUCAGAGUACCAGUGGCACGAUGCCAGCUCUACUCCCGGUGCAUGAAGAACUGUAUCGCCUCCAGGGAUCCUUACUGUGGCUGGACCAGAGGAAGCACCUGCUCUUUCCUCAGACCUGGGACCAGACUGCCGUUCGAGCAAGAUGUUGAACAAGGGAACGUGGCCCACUUGGGUGACUGUGACGGAAUGCUGCUCCAAGAGAGUUUUAUCGAGGAGCCUGAUGGCCUGGUGUCUGUAAACCUGCUGGUGGUGUCGGCUGUGUCAGCCUUCGCAACAGGAGCCAUCCUCUCGGGCCUCACCGUGUGCUGGAUCAUGAGUCACCGCCACCGCCACUCCCGCGGCUCUGGAGCCAACGGCGCCCGCCGCAAAAACGACAAAGAGCAGAGCAUGCUGGGGCAGGGCCGCAGCGGGUCAGUAAUGAGCGUAACAAGAACCAGCGGCGGUGAAAGGCGGCGCUCACAGGCGGACAACCCCUUCGUCACGCCCAACGGCUGGCCUAAAGGAGAGAUGGACCCAGGCUUGCUGCCUACCCCGGAGCAGACCCCGCUGCAGCAGAAACGGGCCAUGCGUCUCCCAGACACCGACUGGGACCAGAGCCAGACCUUCCUCACCGCCGUGGGGACUCCCUGCCCCAACAACUCGGUCAUCUACCUGAGCUCCAAGUUCCUGCACGGAGGUGGAGGGGGCGGAGGGAUGGUCCGGAUAGAGGACCCAGGGGAGGUCAUGCUGCCCCCGCACACAGAGCGCCAGCGCUACCUGAUCUUAGCCACCCAGAGAGGGGAGCACGGUGGCAGUCGUCCCAGCGGCACCCUGAGGAACUCAGCAGGAGAAUACAUCUACCCCGCCACGCCGCAGGACUCCCCCGACCGACGGAGGGUGGUGUCCGCACCCACUCCCCACAUGGACUAUGGGGAGCCUCGCUGGAGCCACGAGGCGCUCAACUACAACAGCAACAAUGGAGUGCCCUACCACUCCCAGCGCCAGGGCCUCAUCAGGCCAGAUAUGCAUGGGCCUCGAGGGCUGGGAGAACUGGCUGACUUCAGCCAUCUUCUAGGGAAGAACAUGGGAGAGCGCACCCCCAGUGGCCAGUGAGGCGAUGUAUGUGAGCCCUGGCACCAAGCUCUCUCUCUCUGAACACCCAUUCCCUCCAACAGCAGACUGGAAUAAAUCAACCCCUCAGACUCACUGUCCCGGUCCAACCUUACCCUGUCUGUCCUCUCUCACUGUCAUUCAAUGUUCUGACGUCAUUCGGCUGACUGAAGAGAGAGACAAAGAGAGAGCUGAGAAAGAGGAGCAAACUCUCCUCACGUUUCCGCUCCUCCGCUCUUAAUCUGAGGUGCACCCCUCUGCUCUGUGAGUGGUGCGACCCGCGGAGCUCGACACCACAGGACAAUCCGUAAGGUAAAGAGAGGGGUGCAAAGGAAAGGGAAUCUUCUCAAAGUUUGGAGAUUUAAAAAAAAAAAUGUAAAAAAAUAAAAUGACGAUGAUGAUGAAGGGAAAUUCCCUUGCGGCACCAAAUGUGAAAGGUCUCCCUCCACCAUUUUGUUCACCGUUUUGACACCAUGGAUAUUCUUUGAGUGUGACAUUUUGUUUCUGCUUUGGUUAUUUUUGUGCCAGUGGCAUCCAGCAGACAACAAUGUGCUUUACUUUGGAUUUCAGAUAAGACUAAAACUGUUGUAGCUGUGCCAGAGGGCACACGAACCAUGCAGUGUGUGUAUGUGUGAAUGUGAGUCACGGGCCACGACAACCCCAACCAGUGUCCUGUCUUAACUGUGAAGUAGAACUAUAUAAUGAAGUUUUUUGUACGGAGGAGGUUGAAGCUGACAUUAUUUCCCCUUUCUUUUUUUUCUUUUUUUACAAACAAUCACAGAGAGACAAAUGGGUUUUUAUUAUGUGUCUCUUACCGAUCGGAGCUUCGAGUGGUUGACCAGUGGCUAGUGAAGGGUUGAGAUUACUCCCAUUGUAAUUUUUGUGAUUCACAGUACCUCAGAGGCAGCGCUGGACAGAGCCAUCAUGAAGUGAAAGAAAGCAAUAAUAAGCAAGAAACGUACGAGGACGAAGAUGAAGCCAAUUUAAUUUGAUAUUUUAUAAUAUAAGUGUUUUCUCAGCAAAGCAAACUGAAGUUUAGAUAUGUCAGGAGGAACUGGGAACAGGAACAAUAUCUCCCCUCCAUUCCUCCCUCCCCUAGCUGCCUCUCAGUAUGCCAGGGUCUGUCUGACCUGACCCGAGGGCCCCAUGGGCUCCGCAGUCCAUUUGAGGGAGGGAAUGUGAGCUGUGGCUGUCUGGCUGUGUGACUGGGGCUGUGAGGCCCGGCCGCUUGGGAGCUCCAUUCAGCCUCUUCUGCCCGACACUGAGCCUCUUUGUGCCCCAGAAGCAGGAGGAGACUGCGGCAACAAAUAGCCGUUAAGAGUCAGAGACGUAGCCCAGCACCGCAGCCUAGCAGAAUAUUAAUGAGGGGGACAGCCGCUCCAUCCGCCAGGUGAGAUGUACCAAACCAGGACCGGGCAUCUCUUGUGCUAUCGCCCACUCUGGUGAUUCACUGGUUUGCCAGGACAAGGGAGGAGCUGAGGGCUGGAGCUGGGGCUGAGGCCACGGUUGGGGCACUGCUAACUGUCACAAUGGGCAUCCCUUGUGGCUUUAUCUCUUCCAGUGUGUUUCACAACAAAAGCGGGAUAAAGAAAACCGAUGGGCAUGGGUAUACUUGGGUGUGGAGUUACUCUUUCACUUUGUUGUCUGAUCGUUUGAUGUUUUCUGUUGUUGUUUUUUUUUUGUCCGUUCUCAUCCGUUCUUGAUUCAAAUGUAGAUCCGGAGAUAGCUUUAGUUCACCAGGGUCAUGGCUUGUUAGAGGUGGUGUUUUUUUGUUGUGUCCGUCGGCUUGUUUGUGUGAGUCUCUUUGGGUUUGUGUCCAUGAAUGCGUUACUCAUAUUGAGUGCAAAAAAAACCCAGCUUUGAUCAGUUUUACUCUCAUUUUCACCCUUCUUCUUUUUAUCAUUGACAUUGACAUUCACAAAUUCGUGCUAAUGGUGUCAAAGCCCUGCGUGGGAGCAGUGUAUGCCAUACAAUAUAUUUAAAUAAUUUUACUUUACAAAAAGAGGUACGGCUUAAUUGGAGAAGCUGGGCUGUGCUUGGAUGGAUACACGGUACACAGGCAGGAAAAUAUCCCAAUGUACAAAAACCAGGGCUGGGCAUCGUUUGACAUUUUUAUUUACUAGUGCCGAUAUGACAGCAUUCAGUUUUUGUGACCGUAAUUGAAUAUACAUGUAUGUAAUUAAAAUAAACAUGUCUUUCCACAAAACCCCUUUUUCCUAUUUAAAGUGGCAGUGUGGAGCUUCAUAGCGGAGCUUUUAGCUGAUUGUUGUUGGAGUGUUUCACUCUCACCACCUUAAUCAAUGUCCAUUUCGGCCUCAGCUAGCAGCUGUUUUUUAGCAAUAACGCUAAAAGAAAUCUGCUGCUAACUAUCGGCCCAGCACCGAAUGGCAGACAGAGAAAGUUAGCGACCCGCUGGUGAACACAGUGAAACAUUUUGCAGCUAAAGAGCAGAUAUUUACCCCAUGAGUUGGUGGAGACCAAAAGUCAACAUUGGACUUCUCUUCAAAAGGUGAUAAUGUUUGUUUCUGCUGCCACCAAGUGGCCCAAAAAAAUCAGGCAAUGAAGGUUUAAUACUAAGGCUGGUUAUUGUUUGAAAUAUUUCAACACUAAGGCCAAUAAAUGUUGUAAAAUCUAUUUUACAUUUACUGUAACAACAGAAGCCAAGGUAAUUACAUUGGCUAAACACAAGCAGCCACACGAGAACUUUCCCUAAAAUUUAUUUCAAAUUUAAAUCAAGUACUUAUAGCAUAACAAAGUAAACAAGAUUGUAUAUCUGAUCAAAUACUCGAUACCAGUGGACAGCUUUCGUGCCACGGCCACGUUUCUGUUGGUACUAAAACAGCAUUGAGGUUUAGUACCGAGCUCUAAAAAGGUACUGCAUGAGACAAGCCAGUGAAAGAGAUUUAUGAAGGCAAGGACGGAGGAGGAGGUCAGGCGGGCGGACAUGAUGUUACGGCAUUACCGCCUCAGCACAUUAAUACAGUGUAUUCUUUACACAUUCCACCCUGAAACAGGUCAUUAGUAUUGAGGAUACGGAGCCCUCCUCCAGCCCGGCCUCGCUAUCUCUCUCCGUCUCCAUCUCUGCUGUGACCUGUGUGUGUGUGUGUGUGUGUGUGUGUGUGUGUGUGUGUGUGUGUGUGUGUAUGUGUGUGUGAGGCCUCUCUGUCUCGGUUGGCUUGCCCAGUCAGCCGUGUCCUCGCUCUGCAUCUCCUCCGGUGUUUCACUAAACAUGCUUGAUUAGGCAAAGUACAUUCCCAGCCCUCUAAUGGCCUGAUGAGCCCUUGAGAAGAUUACUACAGACACAUCAACCCUAAGAGGGAGGUGCACGUUCAACCAGCUCUUUACCCCCCGCCGCCCUGACCACCAGCUACACACACACACACACACAUUCACAUGCGUCCACACAAAUACCGUCGACCCUUUAACCAAAUUGGGGAUGCAAUUGAAUUAAGAUCAGGAACGCAGCUCAGGCUUGAAAUAGGCGGCCGGCCCUGACUGGUUCAAAGAAAGGUACUGUGCUUCAUGUUAUCUUACUGACUGCAUAAUUUGAUUUACAUUAGUUCGACAUUACAGGGCAACUAAAGAAUUUAGGUGUAGCCUCAUGGAAGUCAGUCUGUUUAUUAAAGCCAUCAUCCUCCCUAUUUCUUUACAUACUUCAUGUCAUUCCCAUUCCUCCUCUUUCAACAGCUGCACUUUGUCUCCUUCUUUUAAUACCGUUUUUAUUGUUAACAGACACACAUUAUCUCUCUGCACACAUACGUAAUAUCUCUACCUAAUGUAAGCCUGGGCUGUUCUUUCAUCCUGUUUGUCCUUAUUAAAGGUUAGCUUGUUAAUUUAAUGAGUCGGUGAUAGAAACAGAAAUCAAACUAAUUGACAAAAUCCUGCUUUAUUUCACAUGAAAUCCUGAAUGUGUUACAUUUUUUUAGACAUUUCCAAAGCCUCUCAAGCGGUAAAUUGCUUUCCUUUGCUUAGAAAUUAUUUUGUUUGAGGUUUUUUCUUUGUUAAAUGUUGCACAUAUUGCCUCCAGUCCCUCACACGCACGCACACACACACACACACACACACACACACACACACACACACACACACACACAUACACAUUCUCCCUCUUUUAUUUCUAUCCUGCACAUAUCAACACACACAAACACACACACACACACACACACCAUUCUCACCCAGCCUCUGUGACCCAGUCUGUCUGUCUGUGUUCUUAUUUAUCAGGUUGUGUCUGUGUGCCUGUUAAAGAGACCAUGCCUUUGUGUGUUGGGGUUGUUUGUGCCGUGCGGCCCAGUGAUGCGAUGCCCCCCAGCCAAUAACUGCCAAUAAUCUUGCCAUACAGUGAUCCACUGUGCUGUAUGCCCCAGAAAGAGUCCAGAAACGGAGGCUAACUUGUAUUUAAUCCACCAUCACACUUGGGAGUAGUGACAUGAAACCGCUCCCUUCUGAGCCAACUUACAAGAGGAAAAAAAGCACAAAAACAAGGCGAAAAAAAAAAAAAGAAAAAAAAAGUUGUUAAUGUAUUUAGUCAGCACUGAUCAUCUCUGUCAUGUUUGUUUUUUUUCCUAUAGUUUGUUUCUGUGGUAGAUAUUUGUUUGAGAUUAUACGGAAUAUUAUUGUAUAUGAUUUUUUAUUUCUCUGGUGUGCCGGAUUUGAUGAUGACAGUGAAGACGAACCUGAUGACUAUCAUGAUAAUUAUUUUAUUGACAAUGACAAUGAAGCAGUACUGUGAGCAGCACUGAGGUGUUGUGUGUUUUAUUUGGAUGCUGAGUCUGAAAGGAAAUGGACAGGAAGAGAAGGACUAGGAGUGACUGAACUCAUACAGACUGAAGUUCAAAAAGAGAUUCUGCUUUUCUCCUGCUACUGUGAAGGACCCCGCCUUCCUGAGGUGAUGAAAACACAUGUCCCUACUACGUGUACAUAACCUUGAUGCUUACAUGUAAUUUAAGUGCAGUAGCUGCAUGACGACACAGCCUCUGUGUGUGUACAGAAGUAGCGACGUGUGAAUUUGUACAGUACAUGCAAGUGUGUGUGUGUGCUUGUGUCCGCGAAGAAAUCUGUCUGUCGUCACGCAAAAAAGCAACACGUGCAUGCACCCUCCAACAACUGCCCAGUACACACAUACACUGCACACACUGCACACACGCAAACACACUCCAGCAGUUGUUCACCAUUCUCCACAUUGUCCUGAGCUCUGCCUGUCACUCCGCAUGGAGACUUUGCUCUAUGUCAACUUUCUUAUUCUAAUAAACCACUCGGACGUUGAGCUCCAAGGUGUCA